AUGGAGAGGCCUUUCACUCCCGCUUCAGCCGCUCCUGCAGGCUCUACCAUUCUUGCAGAUGGCUCGAUAAACUCGGCGCGACCUACAAGCGCUCGUCCUUCCUCGAGACCCGUCUCCUACGUGGGAACACAUCAUACCGAUGCUGUGUCGCAUUUGGAAGCCGCCAAUGGUGCUCCCCAGCAAUCAUCCGUACUUUCCCAGGCCUCCCACUCCUACGAAGAGCCCCCAACAUCUGCGAACCAUGAAGAAGCUCCGGAGCUUCCGCGCACCAAUUCUCACUUGUCGACAACUUCUCAGUCAAUACUCCCCUCAAGAAGCGGCACUUUGAAGAAGAAACCUUCCUUGCAUAAAAGCGCCAGUCUGAAAAGGACCGCCAGCAAGCGGAGUAGCUAUGCAGGCUCUGUAAGAAGCAUGAAACUUGGCGAGAAAGAGAAAUAUGGCGAAACCGAGGAGACCAACAGUGUCUUCUAUUGCCCUGUCCCAACCAGUGGCAACCCAACAGAACUACUCGCCAAUCGCUUUCAAGCAUGGCGCAAAGCCCUGAAAGACCUUAUAGCAUACUUUCGUGAUCUCCACAAAUCUUAUGAGUCUCGCGCAAAGUCAUUACUUGCGACUUCGUCGGUGAUAAACAACACAUCCUUACCGCCCAACUUUCUCAGUUCCGGCGGGUUGAGCGACGCCUCCUAUAUCUUGAGAGACUUCCACAAGCAAGCUAUCACUGAAGCCAAUAAAGCUCGAGAUCUUUGUAAUGAAGUUGUCAUGCAACUAACAGGCCUUCGCAGUGAUCUCCAACAAAAAAUAAAGGAGAUCAAAAGCUUGUCUGGUGAUUUUAAGAAUUCAGUAGACAAGGAACAAGAAGGUUCUAAAAAGGCCGUACGCUCUCUUCAGGAGGCUCUUGGCACAGUCGACCAUGAUGCAGCCUCAACUAGUGGGAAGGGCGAUCCAUUCCUCGUCAAGAUGCUGGUCGAUAAGCAAAUUGAGCGCCAGAUCGACGAGGAGAACUAUUUGCACAGGGCCUAUCUCAACCUUGAGGCAUCAGGGCGUGAAUUAGAGUCGAUCGUCGUUGGAGAAAUCCAAAAAGCAUAUAACGUUGUUGCUGGGAUCCUUCGCCGGGAAGCUGAUGAGGCUUACGAUACCGCCGAGAAAUUGAAGGAUGGCCCCGUCGCAAUGGCCAAAGAUCAUGAAUGGGAGGAAUUCGUCGUCAGCAACAACUCAAUGGUCGAUCCCAGAAACCCUAUCCGACAAUUUUCUCAUAUUGUGUAUCCUGGAAAGGAUCAUCCCGCUGCCAUUGAAGUGCGAAGUGGCAUGCUUGAACGAAAGAGUAAAUACCUCAAAAACUAUACCCCAGGCUGGUACAUUUUGUCCCCCACACAUCUCCACGAGUUCAGGUCUGCCGACCGGAUAUCUGCUCAGACACCUGUCAUGUCUCUGUAUCUACCGGAACAAAAGUUGGGCUCGCAUUCCGAACCAGGAUCCUCUUCACAUAAAUUUAUGCUCAAAGGUCGACAAACAGGUUCGAUGCAUCGUGGACAUGCUUGGGUCUUCAGGGCUGAGACUCACGAAACUAUGCUAGCAUGGUUUAAUGAUGUGAAGGAAUUGACUGAGAAGAGAGGUGAAGAGCGGAACGAAUUUGUUCGUCGAUCGCACGCCAGGUCUCUUUCGGGAAAUAGCAUGAAACCCGCCAGUAUCAUCAGUUCUGAUGGGGCACUGGAAGAAGAUGAAGCUGAUCGCAUUGCAUUCGCUGGUGAGCAAUCUGUCCGUGGAAAUUCGGUCGCAGAAGGAGCUGUGGUAGGUGGCGUUGAUGGUCUUGGAGGCGUUACUGGUCACGACCUUGAUGACAAUCGGUCUGAAGCUGGAUGGCGACCCCCUCAACAACGACCGGCACCAGGUGGGCGAUUUCCAUCAGACGUCAAUGUACAACGAGGCUUACAAGCACCCCUUUCGCCAUCUAGUGGAGAGAGCUCCGACAGGGAUCGAGACAUCAUAGCCGCAGCAGGUGCCCUACCAGGAAGUGGUUUGCCCUUCGCCAACACACCCGAAAGGCAUACGGAAUUGCAACCUAUUUCUCACGAGACUCCUGGCUUGAUCAACACUGCACGGUCCGAAAGUCACUACAGCACAGAUGCCCAUCCAACCACUCAGUAUGUGUCUGGACAUCAUAACAACGUUGUUCCUACUGCCCAUGGUGUUGUCCCAUCUCACGAAAGUGGUAGUCAAUAUGGUGAGUGGAUGGCACCUAUUGGUGUAGGAGCUGCAGGUGCAGCACUUGGUGCGGGUGUGAUCCAUCACCACCAGCAGCAGCAACAGCAGCAACAGCAAACAUACCCACCAGUUGUAGCGCCUAUCGGCGUCGAAUCUGACGGCGCCAUUCCCGCGUAUGGCCAUUCAUCGCCACCGAUUCCGGUCGCCACUGCUGCCCCCAUCGAUGCGCCCACAGGACCACGCGCCUUGAGCGAGACAACUACCGCCCCCAGCUCUGCUGUAGGCAACACUACCUCAUCAAACACCGAGACGGCAACAUUGUCCACAGUCCCCACUAGCACCGGCUACGCCAGCCAGAGUGACAGCAUGUUCGACGGCAACGGCGUAUUCGUUGGACCAAGAACAUCAACUACGGCGCCAACAGACUUCAUGCUGAAGGCGAGCGGUCGAACGAAAAGCCACACCACGAUCAGCGAUCUCCACAUCCCAGGUGAAUUUCCCCCAACACCUGCGCUUAAUGAGGACCCAAAAAUCUACCAGGAGGUCCUCCAGAAGUGA